UCAGAACUAUUCGCUAGUACUCCCCCUACUUGAGAAUUCUUCUCUUUAUAACUUGUAUCUCUGCACAGUUUGCAGUCGUUAAGUAACUUAAAAUGGUGAGUGGCGGCCAACUUUUGUCUAAGAUUGCUACUAAUGAGGGACAUGGAGAGAAUUCUCCUUACUUCGAUGGAUGGAAGGCCUACGACAGGAACCCUUUUCACCCGAUUGAUAACCCUGAUGGAGUCAUCCAAAUGGGUCUUGCAGAAAACCAGCUUUGCUUUGAUCUGAUCAGGGAUUGGAUAAAGCAACAUCCUGAAGCCUCCAUUUGCACUUUUGAUGGAGUUGAUAAGUUCAAGGAUAUUGCCAACUUCCAGGACUACCACGGCCUGAUAGAGUUUAGACAGGCUAUUGCAAAAUUUAUGGGGAUGGUUAGAGGUGGUAGGGUUACAUUUGAUCCUGAUCGUAUAGUGAUGGGCGGAGGAGCUACCGGAGCAAACGAAUUGAUCAUGUUCUGCUUGGCUGAUCCUGGAGAUGGUUUCCUCGUUCCUUCACCUUAUUAUCCAGCAUUCGACCGCGACCUAACAUGGAGAACUGGUGUCCAGAUUAUUCCAGUUGAUUCUUACAGCUCCAACAAGUUUCGGGUAACAAAGAAGGCUCUAGAAGCAGCGUAUGAUAAAGCCCAAGAAGCUGGAAUCAAUGUAAAAGGCUUGAUCAUAGCCAACCCAUCAAAUCCACUGGGCACCAUCUUAGACAGGGAGACAUUGAAAGAUCUGGUGAGCUUCAUCAAUGAAAGAAACAUUCAUUUGGUCAUAGAUGAAAUCUAUGCAGCUACAGUAUUCAGCUCUCCCAGCUUCGUAAGUGUUGCUGAGAUUAUCCAAGAGAUGGAUUGCAAGCGUGACCUUAUCCACAUUGUUUAUAGCUUGUCUAAGGACAUGGGGCUCCCUGGCUUCAGAGUUGGAGUCGUUUAUUCUUAUAACGAUGCAGUCGUCAGCUGUGGUCGUAAGAUGUCAAGCUUUGGUUUAGUCUCUUCGCAGACUCAAUAUUUGCUGGCUUCCAUGCUUUCAGAUGAGGAGUUUGUGAAGAAUUUUCUUGCGGAGAGCUCGAGAAGGCUAAAUAAAAGGCACAGUAUGUUCACAAAGGGACUAGGACAAGUGGGGAUUAGUUGUCUAAAAAGCAAUGCUGGUCUUUAUGUUUGGAUGGACUUGCGCCAUCUUCUUAAAGAAUCAACGUUCGAAGGGGAAAUGGCUCUGUGGAGGAUGAUUAUUAACCAGGUGAAGCUCAAUGUUUCGCCAGGGUCUUCGUUCCAUUGCAAGGAGCCAGGUUGGUUCAGGGUGUGCUUCGCCAACAUGGACGAUCAAACAGUGGAAGCCGCACUGAAAAGGAUACGAGCAUUUGUGAGCAAGGGCGAGGAAGACGAGGAAAUGCCAACGAAGAAUAGCAAGCGAUGGCAAAGAAAUCUUCGUCUCAGUUUCUCAGCUCGAAGAUUCGAAGAGGGAGUGAUGCCACCUCACAUCAUGUCUCCUCACUCUCCAAUUCCUCACUCACCGCUUGUUCGUGCUAAGUAAUAAAAACCAUGCAGACGCCAUAAUAUUAAUAAAUUAAUUAAAUCUCUCAAGAUUUAUGGUUAAUUUAGUUAUUAUCUCUUCUUCUUUUUUUUCCCAUUUGUUUGGAAGCUGUUAGAUUUUUGUGGGAUAUUAAUGUUUCCAUUUGCUUAUAGCAAGCAAGCAAUGUAUGAUGUAUGCAAGGUUAUAUAUUGUUAAAUGCAA